AUUUCAGUAGGAAAACGUGGGAUAACGGGUGGAUUUGGGGAUUUUUUUCAAUUAGGAGUAGGAAAGAAAGACAAGUCACUCGAAAUCCAUAGUGUCGGAGUCGCUCACGUCUAUCUUUUUCUUUCUGAGGAUUGUGAGAGCUUUGACUUAGGUCAAAGCCUCUGCCUUUUUAGGCUGGGGCUGCAGGUGCGAGACCAGGCCAGUUGAGGCACUUCUGAGUAGCCCGGGGUCCCACGAAGAGCAUGUCCUGCUUUUAUGUUUAGGCUUAUAUCGACAUACCUAGCCAGCGUUUUCAAAGUCAUGACUAAAGACUUUCCUUCUUUUUGAUGCGAGAGCUAUUUGCUUUCCUGAUAAGAUCCUGUCUGAGUUUGCUUUGUGCAAAACAGAAAUGAUCAGAGUAUUGAAACACAUUUUCUCAUCGCACUGUCUGAUCCCAGGUCCUGAAACUAUCGCAGGGAGACCCUGUUAUCAAAUAGGCAUCAGGACGCUUGCAAAUCAUUUGUGAUUUGCUUUUUAAAGUUGCCAAGCAUCAUUGGUGGUUCCCAAGAAAUCUUAUGAGCUUUUGAUUUCCUUCUAAUUUGGGAGUGCAGGAUGUGGCAUCUGGUGACCCAAAGGGAUAUCAAUUCAAAAGGUCUGAGACAGAAACAUUUUCUAUUUUCUUUCGGGAAGGAGCCCACCCAGAGUGAAUUUUAACGUGCGGUUUUGCUCAAGUAACCUACGCGUAAUUUCUCUCCCUCCUGCAGACAACCUAUUUUAUCUUUGUGCUGCCUUGUUUUAAAUGUACAGAACCAAAGUGGUUAGGGAAAUAGCCCUUUACUAGUCCAUCCUACCUGUAGAAGAAUUUUUAAAACGUUGAAAAUGUAUAAUAUACAUAUACAUAAUAUUUUUUCAUAGACAUUGAAAUGCUUUUAAUGAUUGGCUCGUUUGGGUUAUGAGUUUAGAGGGGGGUGAAGUCAGUAAGAAAAUCCCAGAGCCUGCGUCAGUUUCUUUGUUUGAAGACAUUUGUUCUAUGAGAUUGAAUUCAUUCUUUUUUAUGAUUUUCAAAGUAACAAUUUAAACAUUAUUCAUAGUAUGUUAGUACGUGUCCAAAUUGUUUCAGUGACAAAUCAGAUUACUGGGUAUAUGACUCAAAAUGUAAACGGGGACAGAUAUCCUUGACAAAAGAUUCAUCUGCUCACCUGGAUCAGCACCCUAUAAUACACAGCACAUGUGGAGGACAUAAUGUAGCCACAUCCUUGUAAAUGACAGUGGGGCACUUCACUCACUAUGCACUUUGAUAAAACAUGAACAAUUUCAACUUUCCCCACACACAUACAUGGCUGUUCCUUUUUUAUCGCAGAAUAAAAUAUUCUUCCCAGACAUACAAUGCACUAGAGCUGAUGGCCAAAAUGUUUUAAGUCUGAUGGCUUUGGGAUUUUUUGUUGUUGUUGUUGUUCAUGGUGAUCAUUGAAACCUAGAGUUAAGAAACUCCAAAGAACUUGUUUGUUUAAUUCAUUGGUGGUUUAAUUGAAGGGCCAAACCCCAAAUUUCUCCACACAUUUAGAAGGCAUCACCACAAUAAUAGCCCACCAUGGUGACCUCACAAGCAGACAGGGGCUGCUAAGAAAAGUGUGAACGAGUGUGCAGUUUGGCUCUUGAGAAGUUUGUGUACUAUCUCCUAAAGAGAAAGCAAAUGGUGGUUGUUCUUGUAGUAUUACCAUUGUUGAAAAUUUAAGAUCACAGUUAAUUUAUUGCCCCAAAGUUGUAAAGCCCAGAAAAACCAUAGGCCCCUGGCAUUCAUUCUCUUUGCCUCACUAGAGGCUAAAGGUAAGAAUGAUGUUUUUUUAGUUUGAGGAAGUUUUUUCCCUUGAUUUGAAUUUCUGUGUUUCAUAUUAGUUUUUAUAACAGCACAUUGUUUAGAAGAAUGUCAGAACUUCUGAAAUCCGACAGGCUCAUAGAUAGAUAGAUAGAUAGAUAGAUAGAUAGAUAGAUAGAUAGAUAGAUUGGUCUGGAUUAUAUAUAUUAAUAUAUGCAGGAAAUAAACUACAUGUGUACAUAUGUGCACACACCUGCUUGCACAUGCACAGAUCACACGCAUUGUGUGUUGUAAGAGAGGCUUGAAAGCAGCAAUGAGAGAAGUUUUAACGUUAAAUACACCUAAGAUGGGGGACUAAUUUUCUUUAUCUUAUUUACUUUUUACUUUUUUAAAAAAAUAUAUAAAAUAAAAUAGUUUCUCUGUAAUGGCAUAAUGGGACGUAGAUAAUGUUAGUUUUAUAAUAUUAGGUAAUUUUGAGUGGUUACCAAAUUUUGCACAUUCAUGUACUGUUACUGCAGUUAGCCAAGAUUCAUCAACACUAGCAUGUUGUCCCCUGAAACAUUUGACAUUUCAAAACAGUCUCUCUAUAAAAUAAGUGGUAUUUGCCGGGUUCUAAGGAAAAUGGGAUGUGAUUCCAGCCUCCAAAGGCACACCAGGAGCCUCUGCGCUCCUUGGGAACCAGUAGCCGCUGAUGCCUGUUUUUCAGACAGACAAAUGUCUUGGGACACCGUGGUUCCUCCUUUCAGCUGUAGCUCCAUCUCUGCCUAGAAACCUGUGAACAGGGCCGCUUUCUCUCCUGGAGCUCUCUCAGCUUACUUCAUUUCGUAGAUUUGCUAUCUAGUCCUUACAUUUCACAGGAAAACACACGACCUGUGACUGCAACGAGUGAUCUCUCCUGGGGAUACAGGGAGAAAAACAGAAAUCAUUUCACAUCUUGAGAGAGAGCUUGGUUUUUGCUUUUUUUUUUUUUUUUUUAAAAAGGACACUUUUAAAAAAAAAUCUAGGUUUUAGGAUGGAUCGCUGUGGUGCUGACGAAAUGCUCACACUGGUUCUUCAUAUAAACCACUGCUUCCUCACAUUCCUGUUAAUUUAAUAAAUGGCCUUAAACCUCGGGGUACUUUGUCCCAUCGCUGGAAUAUAUGCUUCUGUUCUUAGAAUUUCAGUACUCUCUCUUCAAUAGUGUUUGUUUGAGAUAGCCCUUAGCAGCUGGAUGAUAAUAUAACAAUUAUUUUAAGACAUUUGUAAGCAUUCUUACACACAGUAUUACUACAUGUUAUAAGUGAACUCUAUCAGCCAACAAAAAUAUGAUUUACAAAAUAUUUCUAAAAGGAGAAAUGGUAUCUGUCCUGGUUUGAGGGCUAUCUUUCUAGUUCUUCAUGGGAAAGUCUCAAAGGGACACAGCUGGCUGAGGCACAAUCUAAAGACAACUGGCAAAUUAUUUUCACUGGCAUUUUCCCGUUUUCAUGUUAGACUGUAACAAAUAAGUGGAUGCCAAGGUGUCUUCAGCCAACCAGCUGAUGAUAAAUGUUUGGGGUUUGUUUUUGUUUUUGUUUUUAUUUUUUUAAAGAAAAAAAAAAGGAGUGAAAAAGCCCAAGUGUCAGGCAUAGGGGCCAUUGGUCCUUUCUGUAGGCCUAGCAGGGCUGCUUUUCUCCCAUGACCAAGUCUUGCCAGGGGGAAGUCAUAAUUCCCGUUGACAAAAAGAACACCCCUUCCCACCCCGCGUCUGACAAAUCAGACAUCCGAAUGAUUUCUGAACUCGUUUUGGUUAAGACAGGAAGCAUAGGCUCCCUUCCUGUGUGUGUGCUUCCCUGAGAGAAAACUCGCUUCCCUCCUUCUUUGCAUACUUGGCGACUGGGUCUACCUUUCUCUGAACCCCAGUGGUGUGUGAAGGCUGGACUGGGACGUUGGAGGAAGAGGAAGCGGGAUCUGAGGCUCAUCCAGGGACCAGGGUCCUUCCCAAGUGGCUACUCAGAGGGGACCCGGACCAAGUCUGGAUUUGUGUGGCAGAGAGAGACAGCUCUCGUUUGGUCUUGGGGAGGCACAAGCCUGUUGAUAACCUGAAGACAAUGGAUGUCGAUGAGGGUCAAGACAUGUCCCAAGUUUCAGGGAAGGAGAGCCCCCCAGUCAGUGACACUCCAGAUGAAGGGGAUGAGCCCAUGCCUGUCCCUGAGGACCUGUCCACCACCUCUGGAGCACAGCAGAACUCCAAGAGUGAUCGAGGCAUGGUUGCAUAUGGGGCUGAUGGCUUUAGGGAUUUUCAUGCAAUAAUUCCCAAAUCUUUCUCUCCCAGUAAUGUUAAAGUAGAGACUCAGAGUGAUGAAGAGAAUGGGCGUGCCUGUGAAAUGAAUGGGGAAGAAUGUGCAGAGGAUUUACGAAUGCUUGAUGCCUCAGGAGAGAAAAUGAAUGGCUCCCACAGGGACCAAGGCAGCUCGGCUUUGUCAGGAAUUGGAGGCAUUCGACUUCCUAACGGAAAACUAAAGUGUGAUAUCUGUGGGAUCGUUUGCAUCGGGCCCAAUGUGCUCAUGGUUCACAAAAGAAGUCAUACUGGUGAAAGGCCUUUCCAGUGUAACCAGUGCGGGGCCUCCUUUACCCAGAAAGGCAACCUCCUGCGGCACAUCAAGCUGCACUCGGGCGAGAAGCCCUUCAAAUGCCAUCUCUGCAACUAUGCCUGCCGCCGGAGGGAUGCCCUCACCGGCCACUUGAGGACGCACUCCGUUGGUAAGCCUCACAAAUGUGGAUAUUGUGGCCGGAGCUAUAAACAGCGAAGCUCUUUAGAGGAGCAUAAAGAGCGAUGCCACAACUACUUGGAAAGCAUGGGCCUUCCGGGCGUGUACCCAGUCAUUAAGGAAGAAACUAACCACAGCGAGAUGGCAGAAGACCUGUGCAAGAUAGGAGCAGAGAGGUCCCUUGUUCUGGACAGGCUGGCAAGCAACGUCGCCAAACGUAAGAGCUCUAUGCCUCAGAAAUUUCUUGGAGACAAGUGCCUGUCAGACUAUGAGAGUGCCAACUAUGAGAAGGAGGAUAUGAUGACAUCCCACGUGAUGGACCAGGCCAUCAACAAUGCCAUCAACUACCUGGGGGCUGAGUCCCUGCGCCCAUUGGUGCAGACACCCCCCGGUAGCUCCGAGGUGGUGCCAGUCAUCAGCUCCAUGUACCAGCUGCACAAGCCCCCCUCAGAUGGCCCUCCACGGUCCAACCAUUCAGCACAGGACAGCGCCGUGGAGAACUUGCUGCUGCUAUCCAAGGCCAAAUCUGUGUCAUCGGAGCGGGAGGCCUCCCCAAGCAACAGCUGCCAAGACUCCACAGAUACAGAGAGCAACGCGGAGGAACAGCGCAGCGGCCUCAUCUACCUAACCAACCACAUCACCCCGCAUGCGCGCAACGGGCUGGCUCUCAAGGAGGAGCAGCGCGCCUACGAGAUGCUGAGGGCGGCCUCAGAGAACUCGCAGGACGCCUUCCGUGUGGUCAGCACGAGUGGUGAGCAGCUGAAGGUGUACAAGUGCGAACACUGCCGCGUGCUCUUCCUGGAUCACGUCAUGUAUACCAUCCACAUGGGCUGCCAUGGCUUCCGAGAUCCCUUUGAGUGUAACAUGUGUGGUUAUCACAGCCAGGACAGGUACGAGUUCUCAUCCCAUAUCACGCGGGGGGAGCAUCGCUACCACCUGAGCUAAACCCAGCCAGGCCCCACUGAAGCACAAAGAUAGCUGGGCAUGCCUCCUUCCCAGCAACUGGACCCACGGCGGACAAUGUUGGGAGUGGAUUUGCAGGCAGCAUUUGUUCUUUUUAUGUUGGUUGUUUGGCAUUUCAUUUGCAUUUGGAUGACACGUUUUUUUAAUGUUAGAGACAGGAUUGCGUUGCAUCAGGGACAUUCAGAACACCUAUCCUUCUAGCUGGUUUUGCUGGCUGAUAGCUGAGAUUUCCCUGAUGGGUGGCUCCCUCACACUUUCCCCACCCACACAACCCCCAAAACAGAGCCUGAAUCUUCAGAGAAAUGAAUCAAACAAUUACCCAAAGGAGGAACAAGGUGGAUCUUGCCCUAAGCAGAGUUUAUGCUACUAAGAUUCGCCAGAUCCUCCAAAACAGCGCAGCCACUGGGGUUGAGCCUUCUCAGGGAGCUCUGCAGGUAAGCCAGAGGACCAGAUAGAAGGCAGCUGGGGAGGAGCAGGGACACCAGCCUGUGCAGAGACCAGGGCCAAAGGUUGAACUUUGAAAGACUAUUAAGUCAUAUAUUGCAUGGUAAUAUGGUGUCUGGACAAGCUGUGCACAGUGCUGAAGUGGGAGGGACUGGAGAGCCUUGCAGACCCUCUUCCUUUGCCUGGUCACCCCAGCCUCCUGAGGAUUAACAUGUUGCCCAGUCAGAUGAGCUCAGCGCUCUUAUGGUCAUUUUUCUCUUCUCAUUUCCAUGCCAUUAAUGGCCCUGAAGCUCAUCGCUGCAUUUUAGAACCCAAUCCUGAAAUGGAGACCUUAUUUUGAACUUCUGAUACUGUAAAACUUCUUGGAAGCCAGAGCUUUCUUCCAAGUCCCAUCCCUGGUUAUCUUGGUUCCUGUUCUUCCCUGGGCCAGGAUCAGGACCUGUUAUUCCAUGAAAGCACAACCCAACCUUCACUUCAGUUGAAUCCCUGUUCUCAUUAUAGCUGUGGAUUAAAUGUCUUUCCCUAUUCUCGAUAUAUGUGAUCUUGUCUAAAAAGGCUAGCUUGAUUAAAUGUCUUUCCCUAUUCUCAAUAUAUGUUAUUUUGUCUGAAAACCAAUAAACACCAUUACUAAGAAUGACCAUUGUUAGGUGGAAGAAAUAUAUGAGCCCAGCAUCUCAGUGGCUAAAACACGAAAUUCCCAUGCUUUUAAACAAAAAUUUUAACUAUUCCGAAGCUCUCUAGUAUAAACACCAAGUUGCAUGUGUUUUCACAUAAAUAGGACACAGGGCCAUGCAACCAUUAUUAAGUAGAGGUAUUAGAAUGUUGUAAUAGUCAGAGGCACAGCGUGACCAGUUCAGGGUCCUAGAGAGGAAUGCCCACCGUCUGUCACAGAAAGGUAGAAGUGAGACCUGGUAUAGCCAGUCUGGUAUAGGGAUGUCACGCUGAAGCCAAGUGACUCAGUUAGCUGGAGAUUCUCAACAGGAAGGCCUCUCUUAAGAGUCAGUAUUAGGGUUGUCACCCUCCACCACCUCAACAAAACAAAAGCUUAUAACUCUAAAUGUUUACAGCCCUAUCUUCACAGAAACCUUCUGAGGUGAUUCCAAAGAACUGGGGGGGGGAGAGUGUCUAGAACAGCUCAUGUUAGUCUCAGCUCUCCUGACACAGAGGGCUUGACCAUCACUGGUAGGGACUCUUCUGUGAAUUGCUUAGUCCCACCCCUGGUCACUCGCCAAGUAGAUGCCAGGAGCAUUCUAGCUGAUACCCAAAACUGUCUUGCCAGGUGUUCCAUGGGAGCAAAGCACUGAUGUAAACUCUAAACCACUGAGGAUGUAUGGAGGUUUCCCAGAGAUACGGAGCACUUGACGUCUUUCCCAGUCAGCAGCCUUCAGCUGUGCUUGUGUCUUUGGGAUGCUGAUGAAUUCUAUAGAUCAGCAUUCACAAACACACUUCAAAUACUUAGGAGUUCAAGUGCAGGGACAGCUGUUCACAAAAGUAUCACUCUUAAGUGUGUCUUUCUUUGUUUCUAAAGCAUUUUGAAAGUGAAAAUAAAAUGACAAAUAUAAGAAUUUUACACUGAAAAGAGGAGAAUUUGAGGAACUAUAGCUGUUGUUCAAUAUGUAGUUUUGCAGGUUAAAAAAAAAAAAAACUGGCCUUACCCAAAUUCAUAUAUUGCAGGUGACAACUUUCCAAGCCUACAGUUUGCAGGCAGUUUUUGUUCACUCUUGUCCUUAGCCAUGGGAGCCAUUAAGUGUGGUCCACAGAAGAUGGCUCCAAUGUGGUAUUCAGAGGUUAAAGCAGAAUUGUAAAUAGUGACUUCAGGAGCUCCUUUUUAGAAUGCUUUGCCCCUUCCUCUCACUGCCUUUUUUAGCCAAUAUAAAUGUCUAUUUGCACACCUUUUGUUGUGGUUUUAUAUUGUAACAGCAUUUUUUUGAAACUAUUGUAUUUAAGAUAAGGUUUCAUAUUAUGUCCACAAGUAAUUAAAUUAUGUUUGAAGGUGGCUAUAUUCUGUAUAAAAGUUGAUGUUUUUCUUUAGCUGGUAAAGUAGGGUUUUGCAUGACCUCA